AUGGAUAGCUUGAUCAAGCAAACAAGAAGGAGGCACCCAGCUGCCCAGGUAAAAACUGGAGAGGUUAGUAGCUCCACUAGAGAGAAGAAAGUGCCAGCAAGGAAAUCUGUUUCAUUCAAAGAAGAUAAGAAAAAGCCCUCAAACUGGUUACAGAAGCAGUUCUCGAGGCAAAUGAACGACCAAAGUUAUGAACCGAUCAGCGACAUGGACCACGCAGCUGCAGUUGCAGCCACUGCUUAUGCCAUAACCACUUUUGAAGAAACUUGGCUUGAGAGUUAUCAUAGUGGCCUUGAACGUGGAGCUUCUUUGUCAACGAGCAAAAGUAGAAGAGAAGAUCUGUCGCAUUUCGAGGAACCGAGAAGCUUAUCAAGAAGAUUCUCAGGACAACUUUCAUUUAAAGAACCAGAGCUUAAAGAACACAAAAUUCCCACGCUAAAGUCUCCAGUGAGAAAGUCAACGCCGGCCAAAAAGACUCCGACUUUCUCCAUGGACCUGAGAGGUGAUCACACCAAACAGAGUGAAGACUCAGGGGAGAAACAGGAAAGACGACAAAGAAAACCAGUUUCUGAACCGCAAGCUCCAAUGCGGGUACAACCACCGCAAAGGACACGUUCAGAACGCCGUGCUCCACCACCGCCUCGACCCCCACCACCUCCUCCAUCACCUUCACCUCUGCGGCUUCCACCGAGGGAUAUCAAAAGACAGAGUUCUGGAUAUACUAGUCGAAAAGAUGAAUCUACAGCUGAUGCUUGGGAAAAAGCUGAACUACUUAAGAUCGAAGCAAGGUACGACAAGUUAACCAGAAAGAUCGAUCUGUGGGAAACGAAGAAGAGAGACAAAGCUCGAAGGAAGCUGGACAAAUCCGAGCAGAGCGAACUAGAACAGAGGAGGAAGAGAGGUUUGCAGAGAUUUAGAGAAGACACAGAAUACAUUGAACAGAUUGCUGCCGGAGCCAGAGCUCAGGCGGAGAAACAAAGGCAGAAUGAAGAGCUCAAGGUUAAGGAGAAAGCCGGAAUUGUCCGUACUACCGGUAAAAUCCCUGGAAAAGCAUGUCUCUGUUUCUGACACUAAAACAGAGGAUCUCAGAUAUUUGUAGCUAUAUAGUGUGUGUAUGUGCGUGUGUGUGUGUGUGAGAAAUGAUAUUACAGAAACCACUCCACCAUUCAAUUAAUG